AACGUUAUUAUCACUAAAGAAAAGAAAAGGAAAUUGAAAACAGAUGUAAGUUUUAGUGAAAAGGAAAUUCUUGGGCCUAUAAAUAAAAGCUUCACCAUAUACCUUUUUGUAUUUUCUUGUUAUCUCGCUCACUCUCUCGAGUCUCGACUAAUAUAAUCUCAUCUCUCCAAAGAAAACAAAAGAAGAAGCUUAUUCGAUCUUCCUCGGAGACCGUCACAUCCUUUGUGUGCAAGUCGUUUCUCAAAGUCAAUCAUUAUGUCAACAAGCUAUCUUAGAGAACUUAAGCAACGUUCUGAAGCAGAGUUUCUUGAAUUUCGUCAACGUAUUAAGGAAUCCAUCAGGAACAAGACUCAAAACGGAAACGAUCGUCCUCCAACCUCAGACUCAAUGCCAAGAAAAAGAAAACUCCCGUAUGAGUUUGGUUCCUUCUUUGGUCCUUCUCAGCCUGGCAUUGCUUCAAGAGUAUUACAAGAAAGCAAACUACUCUUAAAAGACGAGCUUCUUGCCACUAAAGCGCUAGACUCGAUCCAAACUCAGAAGAAGAGUUCUAGUCAAACGAGUGGUUCAGAGGCUAAGGAGUUGAAAAGAAAAGCUAAGGAACUUAAAGAAUCAAGAGACUACUCUUUCCUUUUCUCUGAUGAUGCCGAGCUUCCUGUUCCCAUAAAGGUUCCAAGCUCUCUACCAACUUCCAGAGGAAGCCAUUCAAGACCAGGUUCAUCUACUAAAGGUCAAGCACAAACAAAGCCUGGUUCUGUAAUAAGCUCUAAAACGCAUAAACAAGGUUCCAAACUACCUACAAGAAAAUCUGUACCAGUGGACCAUAGAAAGAAGCUAACUAAGAAGCCACAUUCCUCAUCAAAGCCAUUGACAUCUGUUCCUAAAGAACAAAGGAUAGAACAGAGGAAGGUUCAUUCCAACGAAACCGAAAGUUCUUUGAAACACCACCGGAUGAUUAGCAAACCACCAUUGAAGCAAGCUCAUCAACUAAAGAAGAAGAAAGUGUCAGAAGAAGAUGAAGAGGCGUUGAGAAUGGUUAGAGAGAUGUGCAAGACUGAUCGUUUUGCCGGGCGUGAUUUAGAUGAUUAUGAUGAUAGAGGCAUGGAAGCUACCUUAGAAGAUAUCAUCAAGGAAGAGAAACGAAGUGAGAAACUUGCGAAGAAAGAAGACGCGGAACAACUACGGUUGAUAGAAGAAGAGGAAAGGCGAGAAAGAGUCUUGAGAAAGGAGAAGAAACAGAAGCUGAGCCAUUGAUCAUUUAGUGUUUAUUACAGGGUUAUUAUUAGUUAUACAUCAUCACUUUUAUUUUCUUGUUAAUAUGAUUGUUAUAGCCGAAACAAAGCCAUAGGAGCUCAUCAAAUGACACGUAGAAUUUUUCAAAUUUGGGAUCUUGUGGGAUGCUCAGUUAUAAAUGUUGGUCAAUGAGAUUAAUACAACAAAAAAAAGAGAAUGAAGAAGAAACACUUUUUGGUUUAAUUGAUUGAUCAAUAUUGCAGUAUAUUAGCUACAAGUCAGAUUUUUGUUCCCGUGUCACAGCUCUGGAAUGCUAUACCAUUUUUUUCUUUCUCUAUUAAUUAUAGCGAUCAAAUUUUAUGUUAUCCACUAGCAGCUGAUUGGAGGUCAUUUUCAAGUUUGUUAGGUUUAACAUUUGUGGAUUAGGAUGAAACAGUGCCAUCAUAUCCAUAGCAAAUCCAUCAAUUGUAUUGUCAAUGUACUCUAAAUUCAUAACCAACAUAUAAUGGCUGUGGAAAAUAAUAAUAAUAAUGAAAGAAUCAAGUCUCACUGAAGGGUUUCUUGCAUGACAUAUGCAGAUAAGGUUCUCUGUUUGAUUCUAUUACCCAUUUGUCUGUAUCUGUUUGUUCUUUUUCGUUUCCAUGUUUUUUUUUUAACAACUCGUUUCCAUGUUA